AGAAACGCACUCAGCGAAAGAGAAAAUUUGGAAUGCUGACCUCACUCCAGACAACGACGAUUGCCGCCGAUCCAUGCGGUGAUGGAUAUGCAGGAUUUCCCAUGUUACACAUGCGGAGUGAAGUUCGAACGAAGCGAGCAACGCGAUUAUCAUCAGCCAAGAUGCGACAGGGCAGCACCUCCGACAUGGCAGCCACGUGCCAUCUCUCACCACAGCGAACCGUCCUGGAACGGUAGUGUUACCUCAUAUGCCCCAACAUACCAAUUACAUGGAUCUCCGCCUCAACCAGUUCGUAGCAUAGAGCAGCAACAACAACAACAUCAUCAUCAUCACCUCCAUCAACAACAAUCUCACCACAACCUCGCGCUACCUCCCCAGCCCGACCGCCGAGCUUCUUCCCCGAUCCCCUCUCUACACAACAUCAGCCGACGAGGUUCCGACAGCACCGACAAAGGCGUGGACAAGCGCGAACAGAAGAAGAACAAAGAAAAGCAGUCCCGCAACCAACACGCCAUGGUCCUGCACUGCUUCGAAGACCUCCUCCAAAAUUACAUCAACCUCGAAUGCAAAAACACCCAAGCCAUGGGCAACGGCAAUGAAGCCGGCCUUGAGAUUGUCAAGAUUGACAUGUACCGCAACGUCCUCGCACUGCUCAAUCACUUCGUCCACCGCGACCACAUGCGCGCCCUCCAAGAUGGCACCCUCGAGACAUGGCAGCAGGAGAUGCGUCAAGUCGUUAACAGCUGGCAUGGCAGCGAGAACCUCCUCUACGGCACCUGGCUGGAUGAAAGCGGCGGCCGUCAUUUCGAGGCUUGCGAGCAUCUCCGCGGUCAGAAGCGUUGCACCCGUCACAAUCAUCCCAAUUGGCUCGAGUGUCGCAAGGAGCGGCAUCGGAAGAAGUAUCAGCAGCGCGCUCACGCAUGGCGUGCGGAGCAGACGCAGCAGAGGCUUUAGGUCUUCACGAUUCCGUCAUGGUCGAUGCCGUGCUUGUUCCGAGCUUCUGAUCCGCAUUGCUGCUGGAUGAAGAAUUGCGAGACGGAAUGCCCGGUCUGUCUUUC